GGCUGGGCUCGCGGCGCCUGCGCAGAAGCUUCUUGGAGCGACGCUGAUUGCCCGGGACUCCAUGAGCGCCAUCGGGGGAAGCGGAGUCGGCGGCGGCGGAGGAGGAGGAGGCGGCGGCUUGGAGCCCGACCUCAGCCCGGCCGUCCCCGUCCCCCUCCCCGCCGUCGGGGGAGACAGCGCCAAGGGCAGCCCGGGGCUCGUGGCGGCCGUGGCCGGAGCCGGAGGGGCCGGUGCCUCCUCCUCCUCUUCUUCCUCCUCCUCCUCUUCCUCCUCCUCUUCCUCCUCGUCCUCACUGCUGGCGCAUCCCGCGGAGGCGGCGCCCUCGGUGCCCAACGGGAUCUUUGCUCCGCCCGGAGCGGCCGCCAACGGGGACUCGAAGCCUGCUGCCCUCGCCGCCGCCUCCUCCUCCUCGGCCUCCGCCGCCCCGGCCUCCUCUCCUGCCUCCAGCGCCCCGCUGGUCGACUUCCUGCUGCAGCUGGAGGAUUACACGCCCACGAUCCCAGAUGCCGUCACGGGCUACUACCUGAACCGCGCAGGCUUCGAAGCUUCCGAUCCGCGCAUCAUCCGCCUGAUCUCCUUGGCCGCCCAGAAGUUCAUCUCCGACAUUGCCAACGACGCUCUGCAGCACUGCAAGAUGAAGGGGACAGCCUCUGGCAGCUCCCGAAACAAGAACAAGGACAAGAAGUACACCCUCACCAUGGAGGACCUUGCGCCCGCGCUCUCCGAGUACGGCAUCAACGUCAAGAAGCCCCACUACUUCACUUAGCUGCCCAGCCCCCUGGAUUCGCUCUUGGACUGCUUCUCUUUCCUCUUGGCUGCUGUACCAUUAAAGUUCUCCCUUUCUGGA